AUGUACGUAGGUGAUAUUCUGACCGGAGCUGACAGUGUCCAAGGAGUCAUCGAGACGCAACGGCAGCUUACAGCAUUGAUGCAAACGGGCGGAUUUGAAAUCCACAAAUGGUGCACGAACUGUCCGGUAAGCUUGGCCCAUUUACCACAAGAGCAACGAGAAGAUCCUUCGAAGCGCAGUAUCGACGCUAAUGACACCAUCAAGACGCUAGGUCUUGAGUGGAACCCGAAGAACGACAUGUUUUGUUUCUCGGUGAAACGAACGGAAUCUGCUACCACAAAGAGGCAAGUAUUGUCGACAAUCAGCAAAAUUUUUGAUCCGCUCGGAUUGAUUGGCCCAAUCUUAACCGCUGCCAAGAUACUGAUGCAGGAGACAUGGCGAAUCGAAGCUCAAUGGGACGAGCAUCUUCCAUCCACAUUUGUCGAGAAGUGGGAACAAUUUAGGCAAGAUCUCAAUUCGGUGGAGGCGAUAUUAAUUCCAAGACGGAUUAUAUCGUGUGACAAGCCAGAGCGAAUAUCUCUUUUUGGAUUCUGUGACGCAUCGGAGGCAGCGUACGGGGCUUGCCUGUACAUACAAGCCGAAGAUAAAAACGGAAUACUCACGUCAAGGUUGCUGUGUUCCAAAUCACGAGUCGCACCUGUCAAACCAACUUCAAUACCUCGGUUGGAGUUGUGUAGUGCAGUUCUAUUGGCUCGUCUGAUUGCAAGCGUUCGUAAGGGCUUACGAGUGCGAAUUAACGAUAUUCGAGCCUGGUUCGAUUCAACUGUCGCACUGUGUUGGAUUCGUGGCGAUGUAUCUCGUUGGAAAUUAUUUGUCGCGAAUCGAGUGUCCGAGAUUACCCAGAUAUUACCAGCGGAGCAUUAG